UUACCUGGCGCCAAAAAUUUCCCGGGACCGCUGAAGCGGAUAGUUAACUAACACACACCAAUCAAACAAACAACUAGAAAUAAUACAAUUUGAUAUAUGUUAGAUUUUUUAUUUUAUUUUUUUGAAUAUUACAUUAAUCUAAAGACGAAUUGCUUAACCCUCGUGACCCUAAAGUAGUGGUUUAGGGACCAUUAUCUGAAAUUUUGGUCCUGACAUUAUAAUUUUGUUCAAACAAUAAUGAUGAUUAUCGACAUAUACAUAAUGUCUAGUUUCUAGUAACUAGCUUCUUCCGAUUUGCCCCUGUUGGUUAUGUUGUCAGUGGCUCUACAAUCCCUUUAAUUCAUGGGGCGAUAGAAGUGGCAUUUCCAAGACUGAAACACGUGACGCAUUAUGGAGGGUUGUACAAUCCGACUCGUAUACAUAUGUUCGUGUAAUAAUGGAUCACAUCUUGUAAUUUGAAAGGGAAACCUGAAUUAUAGUAUUUAUUUGUAGUUAGAAUUAUAAUAAUUGCAAAAAUAAGUUUUUAGAAAAUUCAAUGAGCCGGAGCUUAUUUAUUUAAUUUUAAUUAAUUAAUUAAUUUACAUUCAUUUAUUUAUUUUAUAUUUAUUCGAACUCCAUUCUUUGACUGCUUCCUUCUCUGACUGAACCGAGUGAGACUCAGAGAGGAACUUACGAAGAAGGAGAAGAAGGAGACGGCCAGUGAAGCAUUUUCUUCGGAGGAUCAUUUCUCCGACAGCUCACCGCUGAAUCGUCUCUCUUCGAUUCUCCCGGGAAAUCGACCCGCAAUUCUCCCGGAAAAGCUCGAACGUUGACCUUAACGAAGCCGCUUGUUGACUAGCACCAACAGGUCAUCUGGUGUAUGAUAGCUACUUACCUGCUACUAAUAGUUUAAUGAGCGCUUAAAAGGAUUUCCAACUUCUAGAUUAAACAAUCCUGUCUCAAGCGGAAGAAUGGUCAAGGAUGUGAUUCUCAGCGCCUCACUUGCUCCUGCCUCUGAGUUACUCUCUCAUGUUAUAGUCGCUAUAUAUGAAACCGCUCAUGCAGCUACAGAAGUCCUUAUACAGAAGGAGAACUUCAGGAGAUUCUCGGUCUACUUAGAAAACACGGGGCUUAUGUUGAAAGAGCUGUUGCGGCAUGAUCUAGAUUGUUCUGAAAGCUUGAAGAAUGCCAUAGAGAUCCUCGAUCGAGAAGUAAAGGCAUCUAAGGGGCUUGCUAGAGAUUGCAGCAGAAGAAACAAGGUAUAUCUCUUAGUUCAUUGUAGACAAAUUGUCGAGUCCAUAGAAAGAAGCACGAGGGAGAUUGCUCAGGCUCUGAGCCUCUUACCUUUGGCCUCGUUAGAUGUGUCACUUGGAAUUCGAGAAAAAAUUGACAGUCUCUGUAAGAAAAUGCUCGAAGCCGAGUACUCUGCAGCGUUAUCAGAAGAAGAGAUCCUUUUAAAAAUUGAGUCAGGAAUUCGAGAGAGGAGAAUGGACAGGGCCUAUGCAAAUGAUCUAAUGGCUCAAAUAGCCGAGGCAAUUGGGAUUGAUCAUGAGAACUUGGCUAUAAGGAAGGAGUUUGAAGAGUUCAGGAAGGAGAUACAGGAUGUUGAGGUGAGAAAGGACAGGGCUGAGCAGCUUCAGAUGGAGCAGAUCAUCGCAUUGCUUGAGAAGGCUGAUGUUGUGAUGUCUCAUGCAGACAAGGAGAGGAAGUAUUUGGAGACCAGGAACUUUGUCAGGGGACAACCUUUGGAACCACUCUGCUCAUUCUACUGCCCAAUCACGCUUGAUGUGAUGGUGGAUCCCGUGGAAACAUCCUCUGGUAUGACUUUUGAGAGGCAGGCAAUUGAGAAGUGGUUUGCCCUCGGGAACAAUACCUGUCCCUUGACUCAAAUACCAAUUGAGAACACAGUCCUUCGUCCGAAUAAGAACCUGAGGCAGUCGAUUGAGGAAUGGAAGGAUCGCAAUACAAUGAUCAUGAUUGCUUCAAUUAAGCCUAAACUCAGCUUGGAUGAUGAGAAGGAGGUGAUUCAGUGCCUUGAACAGCUCGAAGAGCUUUGCCUAGACAAAGAACAGCACAGAGAAUGGGUUGCUCUUGAGAAUUAUGAAUCAGUUCUUGUCAGAAUUCUCAGCUCAAAAAAUGCCGAUGUCAGGAGGCAUGCCCUGACCAUGCUUCAUAUUCUUGCUAAAGACAGUAACGAGAAUAAGGAGAAGAUCUGUGCUGUAGAGAAUGCUCUCGGAUGUAUUGUUCGGUCUCUCUCACGGCACAUGCGGGAAAGUAAAUUAGCAGUGCAGUUGCUUCUGGAACUAUCGAAGUGUACUGCAGCACGGGAGACUAUGGGGGAUGUCCGAGGUUGCAUUUUUUCACUGGUAACGCUAUCAAAGAAAGAGGAUAAUGAGGUCUCUGAAGAUGCUCGAUGCCUUUUGGAGAUUCUCGCUUCCCAAAAUCAGAACGUGGUGCACAUGGCAAAUGCUAACUACUUUAAACCAUUGCUGCAUCUACUCACUUCAGGAGCGGACGAUACUAAGAUGGCCAUGGCCAAGACUCUAUCUGAAAUCGAGCUAACCGAGCGCCAGAAGCUGUCCCUCUUUGAGCUUGGGGCAUUUGGCCCACUUCUACAUUUGCUCUCUCAAAAUAAUUUAGACAUGAAGCAAGUCUCCGUGAAGUGCCUCCAGUGCCUAUCAAGCAUACCACGGAACGGACUGCAGAUGAUCAAGGAAGGAGCCAUGGGCCCACUGCUCGAACUUCUCUACCGUCACAGCCUACCAUCGCCCACCUUAAGGGAACAUGUGGCAGCAACCAUCAUGCACCUUGCCCAGUCGACCAUGCUUGAGGGAGGAGAACCUGAUCAGUCUGAUGUCGUCCCAUUGUUGGAAUCAGAGGAUGAUAUCUUCAAGCUUUUCUCGUUGAUAUCCCUGACGGGGCCCAAUAUACAAGGGAACAUCCUCCGGGCCUUUCACGCUAUGUGCCAAUCUCCGUUCGGUACUGACACGAGGAAAAAGUUAAGACAGCUCUCUGCCAUCCAAUUAUUAGUCCAGUUCUGCGAGGCCCCCAACCUUACGGUUCGGGCAAAUGCUGUGAAGCUGUUCUGUUGUUUGAUGGAAGACGGCGAUGAUGCCAGCUUUUCGGAGCACGCGGACCAGAGAUGUGUGGAGAGCUUGCUCAGAAUAACAGAAUCUUCAGCUGAUGUGGACGAGGUUGCUUCAGCUAUGGGCAUAAUCUCCAACCUCCCCAGAGAUCCCGAGAUAACCAAGUGGCUUCUGGAUGCUGAGGCUCUCAACGUCAUUGUGAAUUUCCUUUCCGAUGAGAAUCGAAAUGACUCGAACAAGAGGCGGGUUGUGGAGAAUUCCCUUGGGGCCCUCUGUCGUUUCACAGCCCCUGAGAACCCGGAAUUCCAGAAGAGAGUGGCUGAUAUUGGCAUUAUCCCUGUCCUUGUGAAGUUCCUUGUAAGUGGGACAAGGUUGAUGAAAAAAUCCUCAGCCAUCUCGCUGAAACAGUUGUCCAAGAGUUCCUUCGCACUUAGCAGGCAUGUUAAGAGAGCCGGGCUUCUUGGGGGUUGCUGCCGGGCGCCCCCCGAGGCUUUUUGCCCGGCCCACAGGGGUAUCUGCUCAGUUGAGUCCUCAUUCUGUCUCAUUGAGGCCCACGCUCUCGAGCAUCUAGUCAGGCUGCUAGAAGCCACCGACCCUGGAGUCUGUGAAGCUUCUCUUGAAGCACUCUUGACUCUUAUCGAUGGGGACGCAUUGCUGAGGGGAAGUAAGGUGCUAGCUGAAGCAAAAGGGAUAGCUCCCAUUAUAAAGUUAUUGAGUUCCUCUUCUCCAAGGCUGCAGGACAAGUCUUUGAGGGCUCUGCAUAGACUGUUUGGGUUGGCCGAGAUCCGGCAAAAGUUUGGGGUUUUGGCCCACAUGGCCUUAGUCGAGAUCACUCAGAAGGACGAGAGCGGGAUGAAAUCAAUGGCUGCUAGGGUACUUGCCCAAUUAGAUGUUCUGCAAGAUCAAUCAUCCUUCUUUUAGUUAGUCUCGACAGUUAUACAGAAGAAAAAUUCUUUUGCGUAUAGCAAUUCAAUUAGUUUCGCUGUAGGUAUCCCAAUUCUAUCUUGUAUCUUUAUAGUGUUUCACUAGAUUUGAUUCAAUGCACAUUCAUUGAAUUAUGAGCAGAGACAAAAAUAAGUUUUUUUUUCAA